AUGGCAGGAAUUGGCGCCAUACCACGACCGAGGGCAAUGCGUCCGAAAUCAGCUGAUAUGAUCUCCACAGCGGUUGACAUUAUUACACAUGGCAAACACCAAAACCAACAGCGGUGGUCGAGCAGUACGCUUGAGAAUCACGUGGGCCUAAUCACAGAGGUAGCCGACAUUAUCGCCAGAAGAGAUUAUUUGAUCAAACUCUGUGGUGCGCUCAUGGAAUAUGGAGCACCAACCCAUCGCAUUGAAGAGUAUCUCGGUGCUUCUGCCCGUGCCCUCCUCAUUGACGCCGACUUUCUCCACAUCCCAGGGGCUGUGAUCUGCACGUUUGCGGAUCGAACAAUCCAUGCCAACAAUGUCGAUAUUGUCAGGAAGCGCGGUGGCCUCGAUUUCGCUCGACUGAAAGAUGUUUUUAAUGUAUACAAAUGUGUCAUUCAUGACAAGUUGACCCCAGAGGAGGGUAUCCGAGAGAUUGACGCUAUUCGCAAGCGACCUGAUACCUAUUCCGAGCUCUUCCGAAUCUUCUUAUUUGGCGUGGCUUCGGUUGUGGUCGGACCUUUUUCUUUCGAGAGCCGUCCCAUUGACUUUGGUCCCAUAUUCCUUUUGGGCUGCACGAUUGGCUUCAUGACUAUCAAAGUCGUUCCAAGAUCCGAGCAUUUCAGCAACGUUUUUGAGGUCUUUGCCUCCGUUAUCGCGGCAUUCGUUGCACGCGCUCUCGGGUCGAUUCAGUACCACGAUGGAGGGUAUAUCUUUUGCUUUUCAGCGAUGGCACAGAGCAGUAUUGCUAUGAUACUGCCAGGUUUCAUGAUGCUGAACGCGGCACUCGAAUUGCAGGGUCGAAACCUGAUCUCUGGCUCAGUCCGUAUGGUCUAUGUCAUCGUCUACGUUUUGUUCCUCGCUUUCGGGUUGCUCAUUGGUACAACCAUCUUUGGACUGAUGAAACAUGACGCUGUUUCCUCGACAACGUGCGACAUUCCGCCUUGGUUUGCCGCGGACAUGAAUUGGAAGCUGAUUCACACCCGCUUUAUUUGGGCGCCGUUAUUUGCAUGCUGCACGGGACUGAUUUACCAAGCUCGAUGGCGGCAGUUACCUGUCAUGGCAUUUAUUGCUGUUUGUGGCCAUCAAGCAAACUUCUGGAUUUCGACUCAGCUGUCAAGCAACCCCCAAGUUGCGAACGCUAUUGGCGCUUUCGUUAUUGGCUGUAUUUCUAACUUAUACUCCCGGCUAUUCCAUGGCCUUGCAGCAACAGCAAUGUUACCCGCGAUUUACUGCCAAGUCCCUGGUGGUCUAGCAUCAUCUGGAUCAUUGGUAGCUGGUGUCACCUCUGCGAAUGAGAUUUCCGGGAAUCAUACAGCUAGCAGUACAACCCAAGACUAUAACGGUAGCUCGGACGGAACCAUCUUCAAUGUUGGCUACAGUAUGGUUCAGGUUGCUAUCGGUAUCAGCGUCGGGUUAUACCUCAGCGCAUUGGUUGUGUACCCAUACGGAAAGCGAAAGAGCGCGCUUGGAAGCUUUUGA